AUGGGCAACGACCAGAGCUGCUGCCGGCAGCAGGCAGAACCAGAGAAGGAGACCGUCAAAGUCCAGGCGGUCGUCAGUGAGCAGGAAGAUGAUGACGUCGGAUGCUUCGACAUACAGAAAGGGCCAGUGGACCCACGAGUGGACCCAAUGAGUUGGGAGGAGCCAGGUGGGCAAGCGGAAGCUGGCAAGGUCCGGCACGAGAUGUCCUUGGAGGGCAACAGGCGGUCGUCCUCUGCGCUAAGUCUCAGCCUUGACCCCGAGCUGCUGCGGAGCGUCCGGCUCAGAUCGACCCUGAAAGGUGGCGGUCGCCUCUGGCGAAGCUCCCCCAUGGACCUGCAGAAGGAGCAGAGACUCCAACUCUGGGAGCAAUCCGAGCCUACAGAAGAGAUCGACGUCUUCUUCUCGCACACCUGGCAGACGGCCGGGCACUGGAAGUACUUGGCUCUGCUCUUUGAGACUGGGAGUUCCUGCUCCCUGGCAGCCUGGGCCAUGGUGAGCUCAACGAUGACGCUGCUCUGCUCUGUGGGAGUCGUCCCUUUGCCUUUUGGGCCCAUCACCCGGGUCUUAAAAUUCGAGGCCGUGACCCCGAUGGGUCCCUGGAUUAUCCUUUCUGGCAUGGUGGCUUCAAUUGUUGGGUUGAUCGUCUCGCCUCAUGCGCCUGGAUUGGUGCGGCGAGACGAGUCCUGUUUUCUGGACAAGGUCUGCAUCCAUCAGGAAGAUCCAGACUUGAUGCGCCGGGGUGUGUACGGCCUUGGGGUUUAUUUGAGAAUGUCCAAAGAGCUGCGUGUGCUUUGGAGCUCGCCGUACUUCACCAGGCUGUGGUGUGUCUUCGAGAUCGCGGCUUAUGCGGCCCUGAACUCUUCGGGAAGGGUGGUGCUGGCUCCUGUCUUCAUGGGAUGGAUGCAGGUUUUGCUGCUUCUCUGCUCCUACUUUCUUUCCGUUGUGAUGUGGCUGGUCACGAUUGCGGACACGGUCAAUCUCUCUGCGUACUUCAUCGCAAUAUCCCCUCUCUGUUUCGUCACACAUGCGCUGCGCAGGAGUUUCUAUUUGAGGCAGCUAGUGGUUGUGGAGCUGGAAAACUUUGAAUUAAAUGCUGCUGACUGUCGUGUUGCAGCAGACAGGGACUUUGUGCACGAAGCCAUCAUUGCCUGGUAUGGUAGCACGAACGCGUUUACGCAGUACGUCCGUGGAGAUCUCCGAAUGGAGCUCUUGAAGACCAUCCGAACGAAUGUGCCGAGAAUCUACGUCGCAUUGCUAGCUACUGCACCGUUAAGCGCAAGCCUCGAGGGCUUUGUCGGACUCUGUCGAGCAGGGGCUCCGUGGAGGUCCUUGCUGUCAUAUGUGGUGGGCCACACGCUGGGUAUUCAUCUUUUUUGGUGGUGCCUGAGCAUCCGAUUUUUAUUCUACCUGUGUAACCUGCAUCGAUGGACGUGUUCCAGCAGAUGGGUCUUCGUGGACUACCUGCAGACGCUGCUAGUAUUCCUGGCUUUCAGUGUUUUCUAUUGUUCGGGAGGAAUGAUUGGAUAUCUGAGCUACUCGACCAACCUGGGUGCUGCCACAGCUUUUGCCAGCGUGGCUUUGUUCUUGAACCUCAACUCAGUGCAAUCUUUCUCUGGUUGCCUGCACGGCUGCCUUCCUAGAAGGAUCUCAAGCCGCCUGUCCACUGUUCUUCCCCCUCCUCCGCGGCCAUUGAACAGCGUGAGCUCGUAG